AUGGAACACAACCCGGCAGAGCACGACGAGGUCGUGUCUCAGUUCUGUGCUAUGACAGGCACUCAACCCGCGGAGGCUCAAGAGUACCUCGCAGCAAACCAAUGGGAUAUGGAAGCUGCGGUGACCGAGUUCUUUACGGAGCAAGAUGAAGCUCUGCAGGGCAUGAAUACUGGUGGUGGUAGGCAAGCUGGAGCCGAAGGAUCUUCUGGAGCAGCUUCGGUUGGCCGUACUCUAGGCGGAGAUCCUGUUCCAUCCUCCUCUUCCGCCGCACCUGAGUCUACAUCCUCUACGAAACGCGCCGCGCCGAAGAAGAAGUUUGCAACAUUGGGCGAUUUUGCCGGAGGACAUGAGCAUGAUUCCUCAGACAGCGACGGCUCGGUGGACCAGGACUUUUUCGCUGGUGGAGAGAAGUCAGGCUUGGCCGUGCAAAACCCGGAUGAUCUGAAGAAGAAGAUUCUUGAGAAGGCCCGAAGAGCACAGCCCCCACCUUCAGAUGAGCCCCAGUCGCGACCCUCGCACUUCACCGGAGCUGCCCGCACCUUGGGUGGUGACGAUGCCCCGAGCCGGGUGAUCGAAGACCCCACCGGAUCGGCGCCGCAGCGCCCUCAGCGUGUUCAACGGACCCUCCACUUCUGGACGGAUGGCUUUUCGGUGGAUGAAGGCGAACUGUACCGCACGGAUGACCCCCGCAACGCCGAGAUUCUCGAAGGCAUCCGCCAAGGACGUGCCCCUCUUGCGAUUAUGAACGUCGAGGCGGGACAGGAAGUGGACGUGGAGCUGAAGCAGCACGAGGAAAAAUACACGAAGCCAAAGCCCAAGUACAAGCCCUUCGCGGGUGCCGGCCAACGUCUCGGCAGCCCGACACCUGGCGUUCAGAGCCAGGCGUCUACAUCCUCAUCCGCCACUCCCGCACCCACUACUACUAGCGAUUGGAAGCCGACGCACAAGGUGGAUGAAUCACAGCCGACCGUCACUCUUCAGAUCCGUCUGGGUGAUGGUACCCGACUGACCUCUCGCUUCAACACAACUGCCACCAUCGGCGAAGUCUAUGCAUUCGUUUCCGCUGCAACUCCGGAUGGCCGAGACCGUCCAUGGGUGCUGAUGACGACCUUCCCCAGCAAGGAGCUUAAGGACAAGGACCAGGCCCUCGAAGAGCUUCCUGAAUUCAAGCGUGGAGGUGUUGUCGUCCAGAAAUGGACAUAA